AUGUACUCGGAGCUAUCCGUUCCAGAAACCCGGGUCUUGUCGGUGGCUAGCCAUGUUGUGUCUGGAAAUGUGGGCAACAAAAUCGCCGUAUUUACCAUGCAGUCUCUGGGCUGUGAGGUUGCGGCUUUGAAUACGGUGCAGUUCAGCAAUCACACGGGCUAUAGGCAAUUUAAGGGUACAAGAGUCUCUGCGGGGGAGAUCUCGGACCUUUGGGAGGGGCUGAAGCAGUCGCACCUGGACGAUUUCGACAUGAUGCUCUCGGGUUACAUACCCGGUGCAGAAGCCGUAGAAGCUGUGGGAAGGAUCGCCCGAGAACUCAAGGCGAAGGGGAGCAAAGACUUCUUCUGGGUCUUGGAUCCAGUUAUGGGCGACAAUGGGAAUCUCUAUGUGGCACAGGACGUCGUGCCAGCAUACAAGGGCCUUGUGGAGUUCGCUGAUCUUAUUCUCCCGAAUCAGUUUGAGGCCGAGGUCCUUUCCGAGGUCAAGAUCGUCGACCUGACAUCCCUCACUCAGGCAAUCGAGGUCCUCCACACUCGGUUCGGCGUUCCCCACAUCGUCAUCACCUCGGUCACGCUGCCGCACCCGGACCAUCCCACCAAGACCAUGUGGGUAGUGGGAUCGACCAGGACAUCGUCAGGGAAACCGCGGCUCUUCAAGAUCGUCUUCCCGGCCAUCGACUGCUACUUCAGCGGGACGGGUGACAUGUUCGCGGCGCUGAUGGUGGCACGCAUGCGCCAGGCCGUUUUCAGCAGUCCCGACCACGAGACGCUCAAGGCGCAAAAGUCGUGGGUCAGCGACGACUCGGUAGAGACAUCCGAGUUGCCCCUGGCCAAGGCGGCCGAGAAGGUUCUUGCUACGAUGCACGAGAUUCUGACCAAGACGUCGGCGAGUAUGGACGCCGACAUGGUCAAGAUCAAGGCCGCGUUGGGUCCCGAACCAGCAGCAGACGACGAGGCAGCCGAGUACAAGAGGAAGAUGCACUUACACAAGUCCAAAGCUGCCGAGCUGAGGCUGGCGCGAAAUCUGGAUUCGUUGCGGUUCCCCAAGGUGGAGCUUCGGGCGGUGCCGAUGUAG